AUGGCCAAGCACAGCCAAUCCCAACCACAGCUAUUCAGCUUCAUCAUUCAACAACUGCUUAAACUCAUUUGCAAGCACCAGCCAAGCAAACUCAGGUAUAGCAAUUUGCUGUCUGGUGCUGGAUACAGCAGCUCGCUGUCUGGCACUGGAUACAGCAAUCCACUGUCUAGCACCCACUACAUCAACUCCCUAUCUACCACUGGCUACAGCAACUCUAACAAUCCAUCACUGAACUCACAUAUCACCAAACCCAUCCAACCUGGCACCAACACCAGUGCUAAGCACAUUGCCCAUGGUGCCCAACCGCCUUACUGGCCCCAUUCCCCAUUGGCUGGGCAUGCACUGACACAUGACCCAGCAGCAGAUGAAAUACCAGAUUCUAAUGUCAUUCAUACUUUGGGCCCUGCGAGGUCUUCUGAACAACAUCAACGCUCCCAACACAUGCCCCCAACACCAACAUUGGCACCUUACUCAGUUCCUUCGCUCUCAAUGCAUGCUCCCACUCCUGCUUCCACCACUGCUGCAGGCCUGUCUUCAGAGGCUGCAACUUUGGCAGAAACUACAGUCCAGUCCAAGAUCAGUAUGGCGGCCUAUGAACAAGUCCAUAGCUGCUCAAGAGAACUCAUCAAAGGAAUCAUAUUUACCCCUGAUGCAAAUGUGUCAUCUCCCACAGAUCAAAAAUGCAUCAUCAAGGAAACCAUUAACAAAGCAGUACCUUCUGUUCUGAGUCUUCACAGCCUUACUCAAUGGCCAGCCAUCCCAAAGGACAUCUCAGCAAUUUGGUGA